UGUGUAAAAACUUAAUCACAACUCGUUGCCUUCCGCCGGAUGCUUUUUCAAUAAUUCAUUCUCAAGUGCUUCAAUCUUCAUCGUUCUUUCUUCGACAGCAAACCCUUAAAGUUUCUUCUUCUCAGAUUUUGCAUUUGUAUGAUGGGUGGAAGUGAUGCUAGAACCCUAAUUUUGGUUGGGAAGACCGGAAAUGGGAAAAGUGCGACGGGUAAUAGCAUCCUUGGAACGAAGAUGUUCCAAUCGAAACGCAGUUUCUGUGGAGUAACAAGUCGUUGUGAGUUGAAGACUACUGUAAUGGAAGAUGGCCAGAUGCUUAAUGUGAUUGAUACACCUGGGCUUUUGGGUUCUUCUGUUGGUCGUGGAACUAUUGGGGAUAUCUUCAGCUGUAUCAAGUUGGCUAUCGAUGGUAUUCAUGCUGUUCUAGUUGUAUUCUCAGUUUUCAAUCGCUCUUUUGAAGAGGAAAAGGCUGCAAUAAGUAGUUUGCAGUAUUUGUUUGGAAAAGGAAUUUGUGAUUACAUGAUUGUUGUUUUCACUGGUGCUGAUGAACUGGAGGAAGAUGGUAAGACAUUGGAAGAUUUCUUAUAUGAAUGUCCACAAGCAUUGAAGGAAAUUCUAUGUCUGUGUGGCAAUCGUUUUGUUCUUUUUGAUAACAAGACGAACAAUGAAACGAAGAAAGCGAAUCAAGUGCAGACACUUCUGUCUCGUGUAAACAUGGUGCUAGAACAGAAUGACGGAGAGCCAUAUACCAACAAAAUCUUUACUGAAAUGAAGGAACGGAAGAAGGAACAUCCCGAACCAACAAAAGAAUUUCAAGUCUUGACUGAACAGGAGAUGUUACUGCUGAUUGAGAAGAUUCGUGUUGAGCAUUUGAAUCCCAAAAUAGAAAUGAUGGAGACAAUGCUGAUGAAUAUGAAGUUGAAGUUUGAACAAGAAUUGAAGGAAGAGCGGGAUGCACGGUUGAAGUUCAAAGAGAAUACUGAAAAUGCAAAAAAGAAGGAUUUCCCGGGAUUCGAGAGUUACUCAUCGUCACGCCUCUUUUGACUUUUGAUUAAAGUUCGGAAGAUGAAAACUAGCUACGAUGUUAAUGUCCCAUUUAUGGGUAGUACCAACGUGUGAUGCGAGUUUUUUGGUCUUCGUUUUCGUUCCUUCCCGUAUGCUGCUGGUUAAUUCAUCUUGGAAUUCUAGUACCAUUUGCUUUUAGUUUGAGCCAAAUGAAGCUGAUGCUCUCCUUUUAUUUGCUUUCCU